CGCACCGAGGAACGCUGCCGGACCGGACCGGACCGGGCCGAGCCGAGGCCAGCAGUCUCCUCGGCCCUGCCGCCCCCCUCUCACGCCCCCGAGCCAUGGCCGAGGGAGCCGAAGGAGCCGAAGACGAGAUUCAGUUUCUGCGGACGGAGGACGAGGUGGUGCUGCAGUGUGUCGCCAACAUCCACAAGGAGCAGAGGAAGUUCUGUCUGGCAGCUGAAGGACUGGGCAACCGAUUGUGCUUCCUGGAACCAACUUCUGAAGCCAAAUAUGUGCCCCCAGAUCUCUGCAUCUGCCACUUCGUGCUGCAGCAGUCCUUGUCUGUGCGGGCACUGCAGGAAAUGCUGGCCAACAGUGGCGAGGACCCAGGAGACGGGGCCACGCAAGGGGGCAGCCGCCGGACGCUGCUGUAUGGCCAUGCGCUCCUGCUGCGCCACGCUUUCAGCGGGAUGUAUCUGACCUGCUUGACGAUGUCGCGGUCCCAGACAGACAAGCUGGCCUUUGAUGUGGGACUGCGGGAACACGCCGUGGGUGAAGCCUGCUGGUGGACCAUCCACCCCACCUCCAAACAGCGCUCGGAAGGCGAGAAGGUCCGGAUCGGCGAUGACCUCAUCCUCGUCAGCGUCUCCUCUGAGAGAUAUCUGCACCUGUCCGUGUCCAACGGCGCCAUUGGCGUGGACGCGGCCUUUCUGCAGACCCUGUGGAACGUACACCCCACCUGCUCAGCAGGCGGCAUCGUGGAAGGGUACCUGCUCGGCGGUCACGUGGUGAGGCUCUUCCAUGGCCACGACGAGUGUCUGACCGUCCCCUUGGCCGACCAGAGUGACUCCCAGCACAGGAGGGUCUUCUACGAGGCCGGAGGUGCCGGGAGCCGGGCCCGGUCCUUAUGGACUGUGGAGCCUCUACGGAUCAGCUGGAGCGGUGGGAGCAUCAGGUGGGGUCAGGCCUUCCGGCUGCGGCACAUCACUUCCGGCCAGUACCUGGCCCUGGCCGAAGACCAAGGUCUCGUGCUGCAGGACCGCAGCAGGGCAGACACCGCAUCCACCGCCUUCUGCUUCCGGCCAUCUAAGGAAACCAAAGGGAAGCCCGACGGCAGCCACAAGGCGGAGCCGGAGGGCAUGGGGGUAGCGGAGAUUAAGUAUGGCGACUCGGUCUGCUUCGUCCAGCACGUGGCCAGCGGCCUGUGGGUCACCUUCAAAGCACAGGAUAUGAAAACCUCCCGCCUCGGGCCCCUGAGGAGGAAGGUGAUACUCCACCAAGAGGGACACACGGACGACGGUCUGACGCUCCAGCGCUGUCAGCGUGAGGAGUCGCAGGCCUCUCGCAUCAUCCGCAACACAACAAGCCUGUUCAGUCAGUUUCUCAGUGGCCACAACCGGGCGGCAGCCCCCAUCGCGCCGCCCCCGGAUGCAGUGCUCCAGACCCUGCGUGACCUCAUCGCCUACUUCCGGCCGCCCGCCGAGGGCGUCCAGCACGAGGACAAGCAGAGCCGCCUCCGUGCCCUCCGCAACCGGCAGAACCUGUUCAAGGAAGAGGGGAUGCUGACUCUGGUCUUGAACUGCAUCGACCGCUUGAACAUCUACAACAGUGCUACCCACUUCGCGGGCUUUGCCAGGGAGGAGAGCAGUGCAGCCUGGAAGGAAAUUCUCAACUUAUUUUACGAGUUACUCGCCGCCCUGAUCCGUGGAAACAGAAAUAACUGCGCACAGUUCUCCCGCCGUCUGGAUUGGCUGAUCGGCAAACUGGACCGACUGGAGUCCAGCUCAGGGAUCCUGGAGGUUGUCCACUGCAUCCUGACUGAGAGCCCCGAGGCGUUGACCCUCAUCACGGAAAGUCACAUCAAGUCCAUCAUUUCUCUUCUGGACAAGCACGGGCGCAACCCCAAGGUCCUGGUUGUCCUCUGCUCCCUGUGUCUGUGCAACGGCGUGGCCGUGCGAGCCAACCAAAACCUCAUCUGUGACCACCUGCUACCGCGGCGGGACCUGCUCCUGCAGACCCGGCUCGUCAAUGACGUCACCAGCAUCCGGCCCAACAUCUUCCUGGGCACUUCGGAGGGCUCGGCACAGUACCGCAGAUGGUACUUCGAGCUGAUCCUGGACCAGGUGCAGCCGUUCCUCACGGCCGAGCCUACGCACCUGCGCGUCGGCUGGGCGUCCUCGGCCGGCUACGCCCCCUACCCCGGGGGCGGUGAGGGCUGGGGCGGCAACGGAGUUGGUGAUGACCUCUACUCCUAUGGCUUUGACGGGCUGCACCUGUGGUCAGGCCGCAUCUCCCGGGCCGUGGCCUCGGCCAACCAGCACCUGCUGAAAUCCGACGAUGUGGUGAGCUGCUGCCUGGACCUGGCGGCGCCCAGCGUCUCCUUCCGCAUAAAUGGGCAGCCGGUGCAGGGCAUGUUCGAGGGCUUCGGCACCACCGGAUACUUCUUCCCGGUGGCCAGUUUCUCUGCUGGUGUCAAGAUCCGUUUUCUGCUGGGCGGUCGCCACGGCGAUUUCAAGUUCCUACCCCCAUCUGGCUACGCGCCUUGUGCCGAGGCACUGCUGCCGGGCGAGAGGAUGAGGCUGGAACCCGUCAAGGAGUACAAGCGGGACCGUGCGGGUGUCAGGGACUUGCUGGGCACCUCACACUUCCUCUCACAGGCCGCGUUCACCCCCAGGCCCAUAGACACCAGUCGGAUUUCCCUGCCGCCACACCUGGAGAAGGUCCGUGACAGGCUGGCUGAGAACAUCCACGAGUUGUGGGCCGUCAGCAAAACCGAGCUGGGCUGGACCUUCGGCAAGGUGCGGGAUGACAACAAGAAGCAGCAUCCUUGCCUCGUGGAGUUCUCCAAGUUGCCCGACACAGAGAAGAACUACAACUUGCAGAUGUCAACAGAGACCCUGAAAACGCUCCUGGCCUUGGGCUGCCACGUGGUUCAUGCUAAUCUUGCUGCUGAGGAAGAUCUUAAGAAACUAAAACUCCCCAAGAACUAUGUGAUGUCCGGUGGCUACAAGCCCGCCCCUCUGGACCUGUCUGAGGUGAAGCUGCUACCAACGCAGGAGGCCCUGGUGGACAAGCUGGCGGAGAAUGCACACAACAUCUGGGCCAAGGACCGAAUCGAGCAGGGGUGGACCUACGGCACCCAGCAGGACCUGAAGAACAAACGGAACCCACGCCUGGUGCCCUACGCUCUCCUGGACGAGCGGACCAAGAAGUCCGGCCGGGACAGCCUCCGGGAGGCUGUCCGCAGCAUCGUCGGUUACGGGUACAGCAUCGAGCCAUCCGACCAGGAACUGCCCGACCAGAAUGUGGAGAAGGUCAGCGUGGACAAGAUCCGCUUCUUCCGUGUGGAGCGAUCAUACGCGGUGAAGACGGGCCGCUGGUACUUCGAGUUCGAGGCGGUCACUGGCGGGGACAUGCGCGUCGGUUGGGCCAGGCCGGGCUGCCGGCCGGAUGUCGAGCUGGGGGCGGAUGACCAGGCCUUUGUGUUUGAAGGCAACAGGGGUCAGCGGUGGCACCGGGGUCGCAGCUCUUUCGGGCGCUGCUGGAAGGCAGGGGACGUGGUCGGGUGCCUGGUCAACCUGGAUGACGCGUCCAUGCUCUUCACGCUCAAUGGGGACCUGCUCAUCACCUCCCUGGGCUCCGAACUGGCCUUUGCUGACUACGACAUCGACCACGGCUUUGUGCCCAUCUGCUCGCUGGGGCUGGCCCAGAUUGGUCGCAUGAACCUCGGGAUGGACGCCAGCACCUUCAAGUUCUACACCACGUGUGGCCUCCAGGAGGGCUUCCAGCCGUUUGCCGUCAACAUGAACCGGGACGUGGCCAUGUGGUUCAGCAAGAGGCUGCCGACCUUUGUCAACGUGCCUGGGAACCACCCGCACGUGGAGGUGACCAGGGUGGACGGCACAAUCGACAGCCCUCCCUGCCUCAAGGUCACCCACAAGACAUUUGGUACCCAGAGCAGUGGCCCGGGCAUGCUGUACUGUCGUCUGAGCAUGCCCGUCGAGUGUCGCCCUGCCCUCGUGGAUGGAGACCUCUUCCUGAAGAGGAAGCAGACCCUGGACACCGCAGCCCACCCCACAGCAUGCUCCUUCUCAGUGCGCAUCUUUGCCGGCCAGGACCCCUCCUGCGUCUGGGUCGGGUGGGUCACCCCUGAUUACCACUUCUACAGUGACAAGUUUGAUCUGCACCAAAGCUGCUCCGUGACUGUGACGCUGGGGGAUGAACGAGGGAGAGUCCACGAGAGUGUGAGACGCAGCAACUGCUACAUGGUGUGUGGGGGCGAGACCCUCGCCGCCCCACAGAGACCCGUCCGGAGCAACGCGGACCUGAAGAUCGGCUGCGUCCUCGACCUGGCCAGUGGCAUCCUGUCCUUCUCUGCCAAUGGCACGGAAUUGACCACGUGCUACCAGGUGGAGCCCCACACCAAAGUGUUCCCCGCCGUCUUCCUGCAGCCCACCAGCACCGCUCUGUUUCAGUUUGAACUCGGCAGGUUGAAGGGCGCGAUGCCCCUGUCGGCCGCCAUCUUCCCGAGCGAGGAGAGGAACCCGAUGCCGCAGUGCCCGCCGCGCUUGGACGUGCAGACCCUGCGGCCGGUACUGUGGAGCCGCAUGCCCAGCCGCUUCCUGAAGGUGGAGACGGAGCGGGUGAGCGAGCGACAGGGCUGGGCGGUGCGAUGCCUGGAGCCGCUGCAGAUGAUGGCCCUCCACAUCCCUGAGGAGAACAGGUGCGUGGACGUGCUGGAGCUGUGCGAGCAGGAGGACCUGCUGCUCUUCCACUACCACACGCUGAGACUGUACGGUGCCGUGUGUGCCCUGGGCAACGGCCGGGCGGCCGCGGCCCUGUGCGGCCACGUGGACCUGCCGCAGCUCUUCCACGCCAUCGACGACCAGUACCUGCCCGGCCUGCUGCGCGCUGGCUUCUUUGACCUGCUCAUCAGCGCCUACCUGGACCAGGCCAAGGAGGCCAACCUGGCCAUGAAAAAUGAGUUCAUCAUUCCCAUCGCGCCCGCCACGCGCCAGAUCCGCCUCUACCCGGGGCCCUCGGAGCGGCACGGUCUGCCCGGCGUGGGGCCCGGCUCCUGCCUCAGGCCCGGCUCCCGCCUCGGGCCCGCCCCCCGGGCUGGCGUCCCUGGCUCCGUCUCGACGGGCGGGGGCGCCCGGGGAACCAGUCCCGGGGUCCCGCUGAGGGCCCUGAAGGAGAGGGCCCUGGCCAUGCUGACCGAAGCCGUGCGGGGCAGUGGCGCCCAUGUCCGCGACCCGGUCGGAGGCUCCGUGGAGUUCGAGUUCGUACCUGUGCUCAAGCUGGUGCGCGCCCUCUUGAUCAUGGGAGAGUUCAGUGGCGACAACGUCCGGCAGAUUCUGCUCCUGGUGGACCCCACCGUGUUCGGCGAGCCCCAGGCCGAGACGGGGGCGGGCGCCAGAAAAGAGGCGGAGGCACGGGAGGAGGGGAAGGCGGUGGAGGCCGGAGAGGAGGCCGGCCAGGAGCCUCGGGGGCCGGCCAAAGGGCUGUUGCAGAUGCGGCUGCCGGAGUCGGUCAAACUGCAGAUGUGUGAGCUCCUCAGCCAUUUCUGUGACUGCGAGCUGCAGCACCGGGUGGAGGCGACGGUGGCGUUCGGGGAUGGCUACGUGUCCAGGCUCCAGGUCAACCAGAAGCAGCGUUACAGCGAGCUCAUGCAGGCGCUGAACAUGUCCGCCGCCCUGACGGCCAAGAAGACCCGCGAGUUCCGCUCCCCACCCCAGGAACAGAUCAACAUACUGCUGAACUUCCAGCUGGGAGAGGACUGCCCGUGUCCCCCCGAACUCCGCGAGGAUCUGUACGACUUCCACGAGGACCUCCUCAGUCACUGUGGUGUACCCCUGGGAAAGGAGGAGGAAGAGGAGGAAGACACCGCAUGGAUGCACAGGCUCUGGGGACUGGUGGGGAAGAUCAAGAGACGGUCCGGGCCACAGGAGGAGAAAAUGGGGGAGGAGGAAGAGAGGAGCCCGACCUCCCUGAAGGAGCUGAUCUCCCAGACGAUGGUCCGCUGGGCCCAGGAGGAGCGGAUCCGCGAUCCGGAAUUGGUCCGGGCCAUGUUCCACCUCCUACGCCGGCAGUACGACAGCGUCGGCGAACUGCUGCGGGCCCUGCGCAAGACCUACGCCAUCAGCCAGGCCUCGGUGGAAGAUGCUGCCCACCUGCUGGCCGCCCUGGGCCAGAUCCGCUCCCUGCUCAGUGUCACCAUGGGUCCUGAGGAGGAGCUGCUCAUGAUCAAUGGCCUGGGGGAUAUAAUGAACAACAAGGUUUUCUACCAGCACCCCAACCUGAUGCGUGUUCUGGGCAUGCACGAGACGGUCAUGGAGGUCAUGGUCAACGUCCUGGGAGGACACAAGGCUCAGAUGGCCUUCCCCAGGAUGGUGGCCAGCUGCUGCCGGUUCCUGUGCUACUUCUGCCGUAUCAGCCGCCAGAAUCAGAAGGCCAUGUUCGAGCACCUGAGCUACCUACUGGAGAACAGCAGCGUCGGCCUUGCAUCCCCCUCCUUGAGGGGCUCUACCCCGCUCGACGUGGCGGCUUCGUCGGUCAUGGACAACAACGAGCUGGCGCUGGGACUGGAGGAGCCGGAUCUGGACAAGGUGGUGACGUAUCUGGCUGGCUGCGGCCUGCAGAGCUGCCCCCUGCUCCUGGCCCGGGGUUACCCAGAUCUCGGCUGGAACCCCAUCGAGGGGGAACGCUACCUGUCCUUCCUGCGCUUCGCCGUCUUUGUCAACGGCGAAAGCGUGGAGGAGAACGCCAGUGUCGUGGUGAAGCUCCUCAUCCGGCGACCGGAGUGCUUCGGGCCGGCCCUGCGGGGUGAGGGCGGGGCGGGCCUCCUAGCCGCUGUGCAGGGGGCCAUCAAGAUCUCGGAGACACCAGCCCUGGACCUGCCCUCUCAGGGCCCCCGCAGGGAACUCCGGGGAGAAGGAGGAGAGGUGGCGGCAACAGGGGAGGAGGAGCGGGAAGAGGAGGAGAUCGUGCACAUGGGCUACACCAUCCUGUCCUUCUACUCGGCCCUCAUCGACCUGCUGGGCCGCUGUGCCCCUGAAACUCACCUGAUCCAGACUGGUAAGGGGGAGGCCAUCCGUAUCCGGUCCAUCCUCCGCUCUCUGGUGCCCACAGAGGACUUGGUUGGCAUCAUCAGCCUCCGCCUGAAGCUGCCCACGUUGGACAAAGACGGGCUGGUCACCGAGCCUGACAUGAGCGCCAGCUUCUGCCCCGAGCACAAAGCCCCCAUGGUGCUGUUCCUGGACAGGGUGUAUGGGGUCGAGGACCAGAACUUUCUCCUCCACCUCCUGGAGGUGGGCUUCCUGCCCGACCUCAGGGCCUCCGCCUCCCUGGACACGGCUUCUCUGAGCACGACGGAGGCGGCCCUGGCCCUCAAUAGAUACCUCUGCUCUGCUGUGCUGCCGCUGCUGACGCGCUGUGCCCCUCUGUUUUCCGGCACCGAGCACUGCACCUCGCUGAUGGACUCCACGCUGCAGACCAUCUACCGCCUCUCCAAGGGGCGGUCGCUCACCAAGGCCCAGAGGGACACCGUCGAAGAGUGCCUGCUCGCGGUCUGCAACCACCUACGGCCGCCCAUGCUCCAGCAGCUCCUGCGGCGCCUGGUGUUUGACGUCCCCCUCCUGAGCGAGUUCUGCCGGAUGCCCCUGAAGCUCCUGACCAACCACUAUGAGCAGUGCUGGAAGUACUACUGCCUGCCCGCGGGCGGGGGAGGCUGUGAUUUUGCCGCCGAAGAGGAGCUCCACCUGACCGAGAAGCUUUUUUGGGGCAUUUUUGACUCCCUCUCGCACAAGAAGUUCGAGCCGGACCUUUUCCGCAUGGCCCUGCCCUGCCUCAGCGCCAUCGCGGGGGCCCUUCCACCUGACUAUACGGACACCCGGGCCCCAGCCACGCUGGUCAAGCAGACAUCAGUGGACGUGGAUGGCAACUUUGACCCCAAGCCCAUCGACACCUCCAACCUGACCCUCCCAGAAAAGCUGGAGACCCUCGUUACCAAGUUCGCUGAACACGUGCAUGACCGCUGGGCCUGGGACAAGAGCCAGAGCGGGUGGAAAUACGGACUCCUGCUGGAUGAAAACAUGAAGACGCUCCCACUGCUCCGUCCUUUCAAGACCUUGUCCGAAAAGGAGAAAGAGUUAUACCGCUGGCCAGCCAGGGAGUCGCUGAAAAGCAUGCUGGCCUUGGGGUGGACCCUGGAGCGGACCAGGGAAGGAGAAGCCAUGGCCCAUUCACGGGAAAAUGAGAAGUUGCGUAGUGUGGCCCUGGCCAACCAGGGGAACGGCUACAGCCCAGCUCCACUUGACCUCUCCAACGUGGUGCUGUCCCGGGAGCUGCAGAUGAUGGUGGAGGUCAUAGCCGAGAACUAUCACAACAUCUGGGCGAGGAAAAAGAAGUCGGAACUGGAGAGCAGGGGGGGCGGCAGCCACCCUCUCCUGGUGCCCUACGAUACCCUGACAGCCAAGGAGAAGUGCAGGGACCGGGAGAAGGCGCAGGAGCUGUUCAGAUUCCUCCAGGUGAACGGCGUGGUGGUGUCCAGGGGCCUGAAGGGUUUGGAGCCGGAUGCCUCGUCUGUGGAGAAGAGGUUUGCGUAUCAGUUUCUGAAGAAGAUCCUGAAAUACGUGAGCUCGGCACAAGAGUUCAUUGUCCACCUGGAAGCCAUCGUCAGCAGUGGUAAGGCAGAGAAGUCGCCACACGCCCAGGAGAUCAAAUUCUUUGCCAAAGUACUCCUGCCACUGGUGGACCAAUACUUCACCAACCACGGCCUCUACUUCUUGUCCUCCCCACUGAGACCGCUUGGCAGCAGUGGCUCCGCCUCCAACAAAGAGAAGGAAAUGGUGGCCAGCCUGUUCUGCAAACUUGCAGCCCUGGUGAGACAUCGGAUCUCGCUGUUUGGGAGCGACGCCACAUCCAUGGUGAGCUGCCUUCACAUCCUGGCCCAGACCCUCGACACAAGGACAGUCAUGAAGUCUGGCUCUGAGCUGGUGAAAGCCGGGCUGAGGGCGUUCUUUGAGAAUGCGGCCGAGGACCUGGAAAAAACCUCGGAGAACCUGAAACUGGGGAAGUUCACCCAUUCCCGGAACCAGAUCAAAGGGGUCUCCCAGAACAUCAACUAUACCACGGCCGCCCUUCUGCCCGUCCUGACCUCCAUUUUCGACCACGUGGCCCAGCACCAGUUUGGCUCUGACUUACUCCUGGGGGACAUCCAGAUCUCCUGCUACCACAUCCUGUGCAGUCUCUACACCCUCGGAACCGCCAAGAACAUCUAUGUGGAAAGGCAGCGCCCUGCCCUGGGGGAGUGUCUUGCCGCUCUGGCCGCCGCCAUCCCCGUGGCCUUCCUGGAGCCGGCGCUGGACCACCACAACCCGCUGUCCGUCUUCAACGCCAAGACCCCCAGGGAGAGGGCAAUCCUGAGGCUGCCGGAGCGGGCGGAGGAGAUGACCCGUGAGAUCCCCCGGUUUGGAGGAGCUGCUAGGAUGGUGGUGGAGCUGGCCGAGUCGGGUGGCCGCUACCUGGAGACGCCACACGUCAUCGACGUGGCCCUGCCCAUGCUGUGCAGCUACCUGGCAUCCUGGUGGGCGUGCGGGCCCGAUAGCUGGCCUCCCGGGAGCGGGGCCUCCAGGCCCGGGCCCCGCUGCUCCACCGUCACUUCCGACCAGCUCAGCCUUGUCCUGGGCGCCAUCCUCAGGAUCGUCCACAACAACCUGGGCGUGGACGAGGCCUCCUGGAUGAAGAGAAUCGCAGUGUACGCGCAGCCCAUCAUCGACAGGGCGCGGCCACACCUGCUCAGGAGCCACUUCCUGCCGACGCUGGAGAAGCUGAAGAAGAAGGCAGGAGAAGAUCGUGCAGGAGAGGAGCGGCUGCGGCGGGCGGACGGCAGGGGCAGCACGCAGGAGGCCGAGCUGUUGUCUCUGGACGACUUGGCGGCGCUCUGCAGGGACCUGUACGCCUUCUAUCCGCUGCUCAUCCGUUACGUGGACAACAACAGGGCCGGCUGGCUGAAGAGGCCGGACUCUGACUCGGACGAGCUGUUCCGCAUGGUGGCCGAGGUCUUCAUCCUGUGGUGCAGAUCUCACAACUUCAAGCGGGAAGAGCAGAACUUCGUGAUCCAGAACGAGAUCAACAACCUGGCCUUUCUUACCGGGGGCGGCAAGAACAAACUGGGGAAGUCUGGGGGGCAGGACCAGGAACGGAAGAGGACUCGCCGGCGUGGGGACUUAUACUCGGUCCAGACGUCACUGAUCGUGGCCGCGCUCAAGAAGAUGUUGCCCGUCGGCCUGAACAUGGGCACCCGUGGCGAGCAGGAGCUCAUCGCCCUGGGCAAGGCCCGCUAUGCCCACAGGGACACCGAAGCGGAGGUGAAGGAACACUUACGUAAUAACCUGCAUCUCCGGGAGAAGUCGGAUGACCCCGCCGUGCGCUGGCAGCUGAACCUGUACAAGGACGUGCAGAGGAGCGGAGGGCCCGGAGCCCCGGAGCGGACCGCGGAGCAGACCGUGGAGCGGAUCCAGAGGCUCUCGGCCGCCCUUUUCCACCUCGAGCAGGUGGAGCAGCCGCUGCGCUCCAAGAAGGCCGUUUGGCACAAACUCCUGUCCAAACAGCGCAAGCGGGCGGUGGUGGCCUGCUUCAGGAUGGCACCACUCUACAAUCUGCCCAGGCACCGCGCCAUUAACCUCUUCCUCCACGGCUAUCAGAGGGUUUGGCUAGAGGCAGAGGAGUGUCCCUUUGAGGAGAAACUAGUGCAGGAUCUGUCAAAGUCCCGCUCCGUGGAGGAGGAAGUGGAGGAGAAGGAGGAGGAGGAAGAGGCGGGGGAGGAGGAGAAGGAGAAGCAGCCUGACCCGCUCCACCAGGUCAUCCUCCACUUUAGUCGCAACGCGCUCACGGAGAGGAGCCGACUGGAGCUCGACCCCCUCUACACCGCCUACGCGGCCAUGAUGGCCAAGAGCUGUCAGUGCGGCGCAGAGGAGGAGGAUGAAGAGAAGGAGAAGACGUUCGAGGAGAAGGAGACGGAGAAGCAGCAGACGCUGUCCCAGCAGGCGCGGCUGCACGAGCGGGGCGCGGCCGAGAUGGUCCUGCAGAUGAUCGGCGCCAGCAAAGGUGAGAUGGGGCCCAUGGCCAUGGAGACCCUGAAGCUGGGCAUCGCCAUCCUGAACGGCGGCAAUGUCAGGGUGCAGCAGAAGAUGCUGGCCUACCUGAAGGAGAAGCAGGACGCCGGCUUCUUCCAGAGCCUCUCGGGCCUCAUGCAAUCAUGCAGCGUGCUGGACCUGAACGCAUUUGAGCGGCAGAACAAGGCGCAGGGUCUGGGCAUGGUGACGGAAGAGGGGACCCGGGAGAAAGUGCUGCAGAAUGACGAGUUCACCCGCGGCCUCUUCCGCUUUCUGCAGCUUCUCUGCGAGGGCCACAACAGCGACUUCCAGAACUUCCUCCGCACUCAGACGGGAAACUCCACGACGGUGAACAUCAUCACCAGCACCGUGGACUACCUUCUGCGCCUGCAGGAGUCCAUCAGCGACUUCUACUGGUUCUAUUCCGGGAGAGACAUCAUAGACGAGGCCGGGCAGAGCAACUUCUCCAAGGCCCUGGCUGUGGCCAAGCAGAUCUUCAACUCGCUGACCGAGUACAUCCAGGGCCCGUGUGUGGGCAACCAGCAGAGCCUGGCGCACAGCCGGCUGUGGGAUGCUGUGGUCGGCUUCCUCCAUGUCUUCGCUAACAUGCAGAUGAAACUGUCCCAGGACUCCAGCCAGAUCGGGCUGCUGAAGGAGCUGCUGGACCUACUGCAGGACAUGGUGGUGAUGCUACUGUCCCUGCUGGAAGGCAACGUCGUGAACGGGACCAUCGGCAAGCAGAUGGUGGAUACUCUCGUGGAGUCGUCUGCCAACGUGGAAAUGAUCCUCAAGUUCUUCGACAUGUUCCUGAAGCUUAAAGAGCUGACCGGCUCGGAUGCCUUCCGUGAGCUGGACCGGGACGGCCGGGGCGUCUUGUCUAGAAAGGAGUUCCAGAAGGCCAUGGAGGGCCAGAAGCAGUACACGCCAGCCGAGAUGGCCUUCCUGCUCUCCUGCACCGAGGCCGACGCCGACACCGCCUUCAACUACGUGGACUUCGUCGAGCGCUUCCACGGGCCGGCCAGGAACAUCGGCUUCAACGUGGCCGUGCUGCUGACCAACCUCUCGGAACACAUGCCCGGCGACCCCCGGCUCCGGAGCUUGCUGGGCCCGGCCAGCCGCGUGCUGAGCUACUUCGAGCCCCACCUGGGCCGCAUCGAGAUCAUGGGCGGCGCCAAGCGCAUCGAGCGGGUCUACUUCGAGAUCGGCGAGUCGAGCCGGACCCAGUGGGAGAAGCCGCAGGUCAAGGAGUCGAAGCGCCAGUUCAUCUUCGACGUGGUCAACGAGGGUGGCGAGGCGGAGAAGAUGGAGCUGUUCGUCAGCUUCUGCGAGGACACCAUCUUCGAGAUGCAGCUGGCCGCGCAGAUCUCCGAGUCCAGCGUCCCCGACCGGCCAGACGGGGCGGGGCCGGGGGAGCGGGCCGAGGCCGGGGGCGCCGGGCCGGCCCCGGGGAGGGCGGCGGCGGAGGAGGGCGGGGAGGCGGGGUCGGUGGCGGCCGGGGCGGCGGCGGCGGCCGAGGGGGAAGGGUGGCCCCCGGCCCCGCCUUCGGGGGCUCGCGCGGCGGCCCGGUGGGGUGCCGAGACCCUGCGGACCCUGCGGUGGCACUGGCGGAGGUUGACGAGGCCGGCGGGGCGGGGGCCGGGGCUGCGGCUGGCCGGGGCGCUCCCGGCCGGGCUGCUGCGGCUGGCCGGGGGCCUGCUGGGUGGCCUGGGCCGGGCGCUCUGGGCCGCCGUCUUCGGGGGCGGGCUGGUAGAGGGGGCCAAGAGUAUCGAGGUCACCAAGAUCCUGGGGGACAUGCCCGACCCCACCCAGUUCGGCAUCCACCUGGAUGACGCCGGGGUGGGGGCCGGGCUGGGUGGGGAGGUGGACGGGGAUGGGGGCGAGGCGGCGGACAUCCUGAGCGACCUGUUCGGGCUCCCCACCGGGGAGGGAGGCGGCGGCCAGCCCGGACUGGACCCCGGGCUCGGGGACCUGGCCGAGACGGCCUGCGGCGAGGGCGGACCCCCGACCCUGGAGAGCGCCGUGCGGAGGAGGAGGGCUCAGGUGGCGGAAAUGGCAAAGGAGAGCGAGGCUGGAGGCACGGAAGAAUCCGAGAAGGCGGACAGGGAAGACCAGGAGAAGCAGGAUGAGGCCAAGGAGGAGGAGGAGGAAGAGGAGGAAGAGGAGGAAGAGGAAGAGGAGCAGGAGCCCCCUACCCAGCAGGCGGCCGGAGGGGAAACCAGGAAGAAGAAGCGUCCACGCGGACAGAAGGUGGAGAAGCCCGAAGCUUUCACGGCCAACUUCUUCAAGGGCCUGGAGAUCUACCAGACAAAAAUACUGCACUACCUGGCCAGGAACUUCUACAAUCUGCGCUUCCUUGCCCUGUUUGUGGCCUUCGCCAUCAACUUCAUCCUGCUCUUCUACAAGGUGACGGAGGCGCCCUCGGCGGAGGCGGGAGCGGCCCUGUGGCACUCCUUCGAGGAGGAGGAGGAGGAGGAAGAGGAGGAGGACGGGGUGGUAUUCUUCGUGCUGCAGGAGAGCACCGGCUACAUGGCGCCGACCCUGCGCUUCCUGGCUGCCGUCCACACGCUCAUCUCCUUCGUCUGCGUCAUUGGCUACUACUGCCUGAAGGUCCCACUGGUGGUGUUCAAGAGGGAGAAAGAGGUGGCCCGCAAGCUGGAGUUCGACGGCCUGUACAUCACCGACCAGCCUUCCGAGGAUGACAUCAAAGGCCAGUGGGACCGGCUGGUCAUCAACACGCCGUCUUUCCCGAACAAAUACUGGGAUAAGUUUGUCAAGCGGAAGGUAAUUAACAAGUUUGGGGACCUGUACGGAGCCGUGCGCAUCGCCGAUCUCCUGGGCUUGGACAGGAACUCUCUGGACUUCAGCCCGGCCAGCCAGACGCAGCCCGAGGCGGCCUCCCUGGGGUCCUGGCUGAGCGCCAUUGACCUAAAGUACCAAACCUGGAAGCUGGGCGUGGUUUUCACCGACAACUCCUUCCUCUACCUGGCCUGGUACACCACCAUGUCCAUCCUCGGCCACUACAACAACUUCUUCUUCGCUGCACACCUGCUGGACAUCGCCAUGGGCUUCAAGACCCUCAGGACCAUCCUGUCUUCUGUGACACACAACGGCAAGCAGCUGGUGUUGACGGUGGGGCUGCUGGCCGUCGUGGUCUACCUGUACACCGUGGUGGCGUUUAACUUCUUCCGCAAGUUCUACAACAAGGGCGAGGACGAGGAGGAGCCGGACAUGAAGUGCAACGACAUGAUGACGUGCUACCUGUUCCACAUGUAUGUCGGGGUGAGGGCCGGCGGUGGCAUCGGCGACGAAAUCGAAGACCCCGCCGGGGACCCGUACGAAAUGUAUCGCAUUGUCUUCGAUAUCACCUUCUUCUUCUUCGUCAUCGUCAUCCUGCUGGCCAUCAUCCAAGGGCUGAUCAUCGACGCCUUCGGGGAGCUGAGGGACCAGCAGGAGCAAGUGCGGGAGGACAUGGAGACAAAAUGCUUCAUCUGCGGCAUCGGCAACGACUACUUUGACACGACGCCACACGGGUUCGAAACGCACACGCUGCAGGAACACAACCUGGCCAACUACCUGUUCUUCCUGAUGCACCUCAUCAACAAGGACGAGACUGAGCACACGGGGCAGGAAUCGUACGUGUGGAAGAUGUACCAGGAACGCUGCUGGGACUUUUUCCCGGCGGGAGACUGCUUCCGGAAGCAGUAUGAGGACCAGCUGGGAUAGGAGGCCCGGCGGUCCACCGGGGCC